GGAAUAUUCCUUCAGAUGGUGGCCAGGUCCAGUUUGAAGCAAAAUCGGCUAGAAAUGUCGUAUGGUACGAUGUUGCUGCCUUUCCGUCCCACAGGUUCAAGAAAACAAAGGACCCAGAAGUACUAGUUCGAUUUACUUGGCUUGGACCCGAGGAUGAUGAAUGGGUUGAUGUUCAGAAAUGUGUGAGACUGCGUUCUCUUCAAUGUGUUGCAGUGCUGCCUGGGGAUCUCAUUCUUUGUUUUAAGGAAGGCAAAGAGCAGGCCCAGUAUUUUGAUGCGCAUGUUCUUCAAGUUCAAAGGCGCAGGCAUGACGUAAGGGGGUGCCGCUGUAGGUUUCUUGUUUGUUAUGAUCAUGAUCACUCUGAGGAGUUUGUUCCACUGAGCAAGGUAUGCCGUCGACCAGAAACUGAUCACUUUCACCAGAAAGCCCAAAAGCAACACAAGAUGAUGGUUGUCAACACUGAAAAGGUGACCAGGGGUGGGGUUCCCAUUCCACCAGAUCAAGGAGGGCCAUCUGACAAGCCUGUUUCUCCCUUACUAGACGCACCUACUAGCACCCGCAGGAAAUCAGUGGCACGUGUUGAGAUGGGGGAUGCAGAGGCUGCCCGAAACGACGAAGCUGCAAAUGAAGCACAUGGCGACAAGAUGAAUCACGAGGGUGACUUCUCGUUUCGGGUGGCGUGGUACCACCUGUCGGACGACGGGUUCCCGAUCAAGCACAACGUGGCCCCCCCCCCACCGCCGCUCAUCGCCGACCUCAACGGCGACGGCCGCUGA